GUGAAUCGAUUGCUGAGCCUGCAUUCUGGUGAGUCCAUAGACAAGUUGCGGAUAUCGUUCGAAUUGGAUAUAAGUUCUGCCCAUGAUAUCGAUAGAUGGAUCAAAUUUGCAUUUUCUAAGUGGGUUAAAAGGCUAGCAUUGGAGUUCGUGCAGCCCGGUUAUCUUAGACGCGGUCAAUACACUUUCCCAAACCAGGGCCUACCGGUUUGUGAGUCUUUGGUGUCGCUCAUUCUGCGUAAAGUGGCAAUUGAUGGAGAAACUCUCGAGUUUUUCUUAAAUAAGUGCCCAUUACUCGAGGAAUUACAUGUGGAAGAUGUUAACUAUUUGAGAAGUUUGAAGGCCAGCUGUUGCCCGAAUCGGCUGAGGCGGCUGGCGGUAAUUGGCUGCCUGGACUUGAGAAUGCUCGAGAUUUGCUCGCCUGCUCUCGUCUCCUUCACAUUGGACGCGUCUGAAAUUGUUGUGACCCUGAAAAAUGUUUCGUCUAUCGUUGACUUAACCCUUGAGGCACUAUGGCCUAGCAAGCUGUCCACUUAUUUGUUCAGAAUUUCCGGGUGCUUGGCUCAGCUGGAGACACUAACGCUGUGCACACCCAUAAUGCAGGAGAUUGAAGAGCUGGAAUACCCAAAUUUACCGAGAUCCCACGACCUCCCCGGCUCGAACUCCGCACGACCUCCGACCUCAUUCUGUGGCCACCUCUCCGGCUCCACGACCUCUGACUUCGUCCCGUGGCGACCUCACCGGCUCCGAAGAGAUCCCGCAAAUCCUCCGCAGCUUCUCGCCGGCUCCGAGGAGAUCCUGCCAAUCCUUCGCAGCUUCUUGUCGGCUCUAAGGAGAUCCCGCCAUAUCUUAUCUGGUCCCUGA